AUGUAUUCGGCACAGUCCACAAGCUCUCCCCUUCCUGCGUAUAAAACGACUUUCCUCGAGUCCUGUCUCUCCGCCAAUGUGCUGAAAUUCGGGGUUUUCACCCUUAAAUCCGGGCGAAAGUCGCCUUACUUCUUCAAUGCGGGCCUCUUUCAUACAUCGUCACUCCUUUCCGCUAUUUCUACCGCCUACGCUAACACUAUCGUUUCCUACCUCGCCUCCAAUCCUUCUAUUCUGAAGCCCGAUGUAAUCUUCGGGCCUGCUUACAAAGGAAUCCCUCUCGCGUGCGCAACGCUACUUGAACUUCACCGUAUGGACCCGGCGACAUGGUCCUCAGUCUCCUACAGCUACAACCGGAAGGAAGCCAAGGAUCACGGAGAAGGUGGGAGCAUCGUGGGAUCCCCGUUAAAGGGGAAGAACGUUCUUGUCAUAGACGACGUGAUCACCGCCGGUACUGCGAUGCGAGAGACGUUAAAGUUAGUGGAUAAAGAAGGCGGCAAAGUGGUGGGCUUUGUAGUUGCGCUUGACCGACAGGAGAAAAUGCCCGGGCCGAAAGAUGUUGAAACCGACGACGAGCCGAGGAUGAGUGCUAUGGGUCAGAUUAGACAAGAAUUCGGCGUCCCAACUGCAAGUAUUGUUACGCUGCAGGAUCUUAUUACGUUAAUGGGAACCCAAGGUAACAAGGAGGAUAUGGAUAGGCUGGAAGAAUACAGAUGCCGGUACCGAGCAAGUGAUUGA